CAGCCUGCGCUCGGUCCCCCUGCCAAGCGAGCGCCUCCUGGACAGCCGGCGCCUGGAGGUGGGGUGGGAGCAGGCGUGAGGCGACCGCCAAGCCCCCUCUGCCAGCGGCCGGAGCGCGCGUCCCGCUGGGGUGGUCGUCCAAGAUGGGCAGGGGGCAGCCCCUGGCCGCGCUCCCCCUGGUCCUGCUCGUCCUCGCCUGCGCCCUCGGCAACAAAGCCAACAAGCACAAGCCAUGGAUCGAGGCUGAAUAUCAGGGCAUCGUCAUGGAGAACGACAACACAGUCCUGCUGAACCCCCCGCUUUUUGCUCUGGACAAAGAUGCUCCGUUGCGCUAUGCAGGUGAGAUCUGUGGAUUCCGGAUCCAUGGGGCAGGGGUGCCUUUUGAAGCUGUGAUCCUGGACAAAGCAACAGGUGAAGGAUUGAUCCGGGCCAAAGAGCCGGUGGACUGCGAAGCUCACAAGGAACACACCUUCACCAUCCAGGCUUAUGACUGUGGAGAAGGACCUGAUGGUGCCAACACCAAGAAGUCCCACAAGGCCACGGUUCACGUGCGGGUGAAUGAUGUCAACGAGUUCGCUCCCGUCUUUGUGGAGAACCUUUACCGUGUGGCGGUGACAGAAGGGAAGCUCUAUGAUCGCAUCCUGCGUGUGGAAGCCAUUGAUGGCGACUGCUCCCCUCAGUACAGCCAGAUCUGCUACUAUGAGAUCCUGACUCCCAACGUCCCCUUCCUGAUUGACAACGAUGGGAACAUUGAGAACACUGAGAAACUGCAGUACAGUGGAGAGCGACUCUAUAAGUUCACAGUGACAGCCUACGACUGUGGCAAGAAACGCGCCUCUGAUGAUGCAGAGGUCGAAAUCCAGGUGAAGCCCACCUGUAAGCCCAGUUGGCAAGGUUGGACUAAGAGGAUAGAGUACACCCCAGGCACGGGCAGCCUUCCUCUUUUCCCUAACAUCCACCUGGAGACCUGCGACGAGCCCCUUUGGAACAUCCAGGCCACAGUGGAACUGCAGACAAACCACGUGGCCAAAGGCUGUGAUCGCGACAAUUACUCUGAGAAGUCGCUGCGCAAACUCUGUGGUGCUGCCACAGGUGAGGUAGACCUGCUCCCUGUUCCUGGACCCAUGGCCAACUGGACGGCACGGCUCUCAGUCCAUUACAGCCAGGACAGCAGCCUCAUCUAUUGGUUCAAUGGCAGCCAGGCAACCCAGGUGCCCAUGGGGAGUGGGACCGGUGCCCUGGAAGGCCUGAGCGACCAUUUCACCUUGUCCCUGUGGAUGAAACACGGCGUGACCCCAAGCAAGGGCAAGAGGGAGGAAGAGACCGUCAUCUGCAGCACCAUGCAAAGUGAGGACGGAUACUCCCAUUAUUCCCUCGGGGUGCAUGGCUGCCGCAUAGCUUUCCUCUACUGGCCCCUGCUGGAGAGCGCAAGGCCCGUCAAGUUCCUCUGGAAACUGGAGCAGGUCUGCGAUGACGAGUGGCACCACUAUGCCCUGAACCUUGAGUUCCCCACCGUGACGCUUUACGUAGACGGCGUCUCCUACGACCCUGCGCUCAUCCACGACAACGGCCUCAUCCACCCCCCACGGCGUGAAUCUUCCCUCAUGAUUGGAGCCUGCUGGGCCGAGGAAAGAAACAAAGAAAAGGCCAAAGUGAAUGAGAACUCCACGGAUCUGGGGCAAGGAGACCCUCUGCUGAUUCACCACUACUUCCACGGUUACCUGGCUGGCUUCACUGCGCGCCCUGGCAGCCUGGAGAGCCGGGAGGUGAUAGAGUGUCUCUAUGCCUGUCGCGAAGGGCUAGACUACAGCGACUUUGACAGCCUUGGCAAAGGGAUGAAGGUUCACGUCAACCCCUCCCAGUCUCUCCUUGCCUUGGAGGGCGACGACGUGGAAACCUUCAACCACGCCAUCCAGCAUGUCGCCUACAUGAACUCGCUGCGCUUCGCCACACCAGGAGUCCGACCCCUCAAGCUCACCACGACUGUCAAAUGCUUCAGCGAGGAAUCCUGCGUCUCCAUCCCGGAUGUGGAGGGCUACGUGGUUGUGCUUCAGCCUGAUGCUCCUCAGAUCUUACUGAGCGGCAGUUCUCAUUUUGCCCGGCCGGUCUCCGACUUCGAAGGUCCAGAGGGAGUCCCUCUCUUUCCUGACCUCCAGAUUUCUUGCUCCAUUUCACAUCAGGUAGAGCCCAAGAAGGAUGAGAGCUGGCACGGCACAGUGGCAGAUACGCGGAUGUCGGACGAGAUUGUUCACAAUCUGGAUGGUUGCGAGAUCUCCCUGGUCGGAGAGGACCUGGACCCUGAGAGGGAGUACCUGCUCUUAGAUGGAGCCUCUCUGCAGCAGCGAGGCUUGGAGCUCAUCAACACCUCUGCCUACCUCAGCGUCACAGGCGUGGAGAGCAUUGCUGUCUAUGAGGAGAUCCUUCGCCAAGUCUCCUAUUGCAUCCAUCAUGGUGCCGCCCUUUAUGAGAGGAAGUUCCGCCUUUCUUGCACCGAGAUGAACGGCCGUUACUCCAGCAACGAGUUCACCGUUGAGGUCAACGUCCUUCACAACAUGAACAGAGCCGCUCACCCGAACCACAUCAUGAGCGCCCAGCAGUUCAUGCAUCGGGGACACCAUCUGCCUCCAGAACUCUCCGGCCACAGCCUGGCUAGCCCCCACCGCAACUCCAUGGUCCCCAGCGCUGCCACCAUCAUCAUUGUGGUCUGCGUGGGCUUCCUGGCGCUCAUGGUGAUCCUGGGCGUCCUACGCAUCCACUCCUUGCACAGGCGAGGGGGCGAGCGCGAGGGCACAGGCGAGUCCGCGGGGUGCCACGGAGCUGCCCAGGCCAAGGAGAGCGAGAUGUUCUGGGACGACUCUGCUCUCACCAUCAUCGUCAACCCCAUGGAGUCAUACCAGAGCUGCCAGGAGAGGGCAGCAGAGGCUUCUGGGUCGACCAUCAGAGAAGUAGCUGAAGAGGAGGAAGAGGAAAGCAGUGACUCUGAAUCACCUGACAGCCCAGGCAGCGACGUGGCCGAUGACCAGCGCAUUGUGGGCAAGCACGAUGCCCCUUGCCGCUUCUAGAGGCCAGCGAGAGAGGGAGGUCCUGCUUAUGUUUAGUCAUUGGGGGGCGGGGGUAUGUGUCUGGCCUCCCCCCCUCCUCUUCCCACCCCCCGCGCUGCAUUCUCCAGACCUCUUGUAUUUGCACAGCGGAGGCUGACCCCCAAGACAUGAGAUUUUGGAGCAUGAGGCAGAGAAUCCAAUUGGCACCUUCCCUUGCCACGAAUUAA